GCGGCGCCGGGCAUUUCUCCGCAGCUCGGCUCGCGGCCGCGCCCGCCCGGCCCGCGCCCAUGCAGGCCAUCAAGUGCGUGGUGGUCGGCGACGGCGCCGUGGGGAAGACCUGCUUGCUGAUCAGUUACACGACCAACGCCUUCCCUGGAGAGUACAUCCCCACCGUUUUUGACAACUAUUCUGCAAAUGUGAUGGUGGACGGGAAGCCUGUCAACCUGGGGCUGUGGGACACCGCUGGGCAGGAGGACUACGACCGGCUUCGGCCACUCUCCUACCCCCAAACUGACGUCUUUCUGAUCUGCUUCUCCCUGGUGAGCCCAGCCUCCUUUGAGAAUGUUCGAGCCAAGUGGUACCCAGAGGUUCGGCACCACUGCCCCCACACGCCCAUCCUCCUGGUGGGCACCAAGCUGGACCUUCGUGACGAUAAGGACACCAUUGAGCGGCUACGAGAUAAGAAGCUAGCGCCCAUCACUUACCCCCAGGGCCUGGCCAUGGCCCGGGAGAUCGGUGAGCUCUGUCAAGUACCUGGAGUGCUCAGCCCUGACCCAGCGGGGCCUGAAGACUGUGUUUGAUGAGGCCAUCCGGGCUGUGCUCUGCCCGCCUCCUGUGAAGAAGCCGGGGAAGAAGUGCACGGUCUUCUAGAGCCCUCACUUCUGGAGGAGCAGCCCCCAGCCCCCCGCGCCUGUAUCUGUUGUGUUGAGAUGUCUGGUGUCCCUGAGUCUGCUGUGGGGAAGUCGUGUGGGUGGGGA